AUGUUUGUGGAGCACGGGAUCGAGUGGUUGUGCGGUGGUAUGAUCGGCGGGGGGCGCGCCGACGCCUUCCGUACGCUCCUCGUGUUUUUCGGGGUGCUCCUGUUCGUGCGGCUCGUUCAGUGGUACCGGCGUUUCUUGUCGUUACCACCUGGGCCCUGGGGCUUACCGAUUUUCGGCUAUCUGCCGUUCAUGAAGGACGUCGACGUGCACCUCCGCUUCGGCGAGCUGGCCAAACGCUACGGGUCCAUGUUCUCGGCGAAACUGGGCACUCAGUUGGUUGUCGUGCUCAGUGAUUACAAGAUCAUCAGGGAGACCUUUCGCCGGGAGGAAUUCACCGGCAGGCCCCACACCGAGUUUUUCAACAUACUCGGAGGAUAUGGAAUCAUCAAUUCCGAGGGCGCUCUGUGGAAGGACCAGCGAAGGUUCAUUCACGAAAAACUGCGCAAUUUCGGCAUGACUUGCCGAGGUAGCGGUAAAAAAAUCAUGGAAUCGACCAUAAUGAAAGAGGUCGACCUGUUCAUCCGAGGUCUGGAGGCUCGCGAGGGGGCACCGACCAACGUCUCUUUUUCACUCGGACUGUCGAUAACCAACGUCAUCUGCUCCAUCAUAAUGAGCGUGCGGUUCAGGCACAACGACGCUCGCUUCAAGCGCUUUAUGGCCCUGAUCGAGGAGGGCUUCCGGCUGUUUGGCCGAUUGAGCUUCGUCAACUACAUCCCGGUUUUCCGCCACCUGCCCUGGCUACAGUCGGUCAAGACCAAAAUAAGCGCCAAUCGCGCCGAGAUGGCCGAUUUCUUUCAAGAGACCGUCGACCAGCACAGGGAGACCUUCGACGGGGCCAAUGUACGCGACCUCGUAGACACGUACCUGCUCGAGAUCGAGAAGGCCAAGGCCGAGGGCCACCCCGAGAAGCUCUUCCAGGGGAAAGACCAUGAUCGCCAGUUACAGCAGAUCUUGGGUGAUCUCUUCUCCGCUGGCAUGGAGACGGUGAAGACGACCCUCGAGUGGGCUCUCGUGCUGAUGCUCCACCAUCCGGAAGCUGCCAAAGCCGUUCAGGAGGAGCUCGACCAGGUGGUCGGCCGAUCGCGCAUGCCAGCCCUCGAGGACCUGCCCUUCUUACCGAUCACCGAGGCCACGAUAUUGGAGGUCCUCAGGCGCACGAGCAUCGUGCCCCUAGGAACCACCCACGCGACCACUCGGUAA